AUGCCCAAGGAGAAGAAGAUGAAGCGCGCGCCAGGCGACGACGGCCGAGCCGCGGGCUCGGGCCAGAACUCGCACGGGCGCACGCUCGCGACGCCCAACACGAGCUUGGGCCAGCAUUUCUUGAAGAACCCGAUGAUCGCGUCUGAGAUUGUCAACAAGGCGGCGAUCCGUGGCACGGACAUCUGCCUCGAAGUCGGUCCUGGUACGGGUAACAUCACGGUCAAGCUCCUCGAGCAGGCCAAGAAGGUCAUCGCCGUCGAGUUCGACCCGCGCAUGAUUGCCGAGGUCCAGAAGCGUGUGCAGAACACGGAGCACGCCAACCACCUCCACAUUAUCCACGGCGAUGCGAUCAAGGUCCAGCUCGAGCAGGCCAAGAAGGUCAUCGCCGUCGAGUUCGACCCGCGCAUGAUUGCCGAGGUGCAGAAGCGUGUGCAGAACACGGAGCACGCCAACCACCUCCACAUUAUCCACGGCGAUGCGAUCAAGGUCCAGCUACCGUUCUUCGACGUGUGCGUGGCCAACUUGCCGUACCAAAUCUCGUCGCCGUUCGUCUUCAAGCUCCUCGCGCACCGCCCCAUGUUCCGCUGCGCUGUCGUCAUGUUCCAGGAGGAAUUUGCGAAGCGCCUUAGCGCGCGCCCCGGCGACGAGCUCUACUGCCGCCUCUCGGUCAACACGCAGCUGCUCGCCAAGGUUGACCAGCUCAUCAAGGUCGGCCGCAACAACUUCCGCCCGCCGCCCAAGGUCGAGUCGCGCGUCGUGCGUAUCGAGCCCAAGAACCCGCCGCCGCCCGUCAAUUUUACGGAGUGGGAUGGCAUGGUCAAGAUCAUCUUCAACCGCAAGAACAAAACGCUUCACUCGUGCUUUACGACCAAGUCGGUCCUCAAGAUCCUCGAAGACAACUACCGCACGUACUGCUCGCUCAACAGCUUGAUGCCGGACCCGGCCUUCGAUAUCAAGACGCUCGUCGAGGCGACGCUCACGGAGACCGACUACAGCGACAAGCGCGGGGCCAAGAUGGACCUUGACGACUUCCUCAUCUUGCUCAACGCCUUCAACUCGCGCCACGUUCACUUCUGCUAA